CAUAUUCCAAGACGAGGUGGACCGCUGCGUUUCAUGGCUCCUUUCUGUUGAUGGUCGUCCACUAAGGUCGCCAGCAUGGAUCAGACCGAGAAGGCUUUCCAGAAGCAGCCCACAGUCUUCCUUAACUCCAAGACAGCCAAAGAAAAGGGAGGCAAAACAAAGCGCCAUUUGCGUAAGGUUGGCCUGGGCUUCAAGACUCCCCGUGAGGCAGUUGAGGGUACGUACAUUGACAAGAAGUGCCCCUUCACUGGCAAUGUGUCGAUUCGUGGUCGCAUCUUGACUGGAGUGGUUCAAAAGAUGAAGAUGCAGCGCACCAUAACAAUCCGAAGGGAUUACCUUCAUUAUGUGAAGAAGUAUAAUAGGUUUGAAAAGAGGCAUAGGAAUAUGUCGGUUCAUCUUUCUCCAUGCUUCAGGGAUGUAAAGCCUGGAGAUAUUGUGACUGUUGGAGAAUGCCGACCUCUGUCAAAGACUGUUCGUUUCAAUGUCCUGAAAGUCAGUAAGGCCCCUGGCACAAAAAAACAGUUCCAGAAGUUCUAAAUAAAUAUCAAAAUAAGA